AUGCAAUACGCUAAGAUCCUCGCCCUCACAGUCUUCAUGACAGGCACCCUAGCCAUUCCCCUCGAGAAAUUCACUCGCGCAUGUGCCUACACCUGCGGUACAGUCUGCUACACCAGCAGCGCUGUCAGCGCCGCCCAGGCCGCAGGCUACAAGCUUGAAGCCGCCAGCGAGACUGAUGACGACUACCCUCAUGUUUACCACGAUUAUGAGGGCUUCGACUUCUCUGUUUCUGCCCCGUACUAUGAGUUUCCCAUCUUGAGCUCUGGAAAGGUGUAUACUGGUGGAUCACCGGGUGCGGAUCGUGUAAUCUUUAAUGGUGAUGAUGAACUUGCGGGUGUUAUUACUCAUACUGGGGCCUCGGACGAUGAUUUUGUUGCUUGUACUUGA